AUGUCUUUCUCGAUAGGCAUGCCCUGGAACGAGGGCGAAGAGAAGAUGCACCGCCUCCUCCGCAUUCCGCCUCAAGACAAUCCAACAUCAGCCAUGCUCACACCACAAGCAGCGUUCAUGUUCCAACGCGCCCCUCUGCUCGCAUUCGGGACUCUAGAUGCACAGCAUCGACCUUGGACGACACUAUGGGGUGGCGAGCCUGGUUUCUCAGAGCCGCUUGGUGGAGGUUUCAUCGGUGCGCGCACUCUCGUCGACGGCAAGCAUGAUCCUGUUGUGCAAGCGCUUGUGGGCGAGAAUGAGAAAGGCGAGGGUAAAACGACUCAGGCAGAAGACGGUGGGAAGUUAGUAGCAGGUCUAGCUAUCGACCUGAUGACAAGAAAGAGAGUCAAAACCGCCGGACGCAUGAUCGCAGGUACGAUAAAAGACGUCGAAGUAGAAGUAGAGGGUUCGGAAAACAGGGAACAAACACAGCUCCAACUCGUCACGAAAAUCGAGCAAAGUCUCGGGAACUGCCCAAAGUACCUCAACCAAUACGAAAUCCGGCCCGCGCUUUUAGACCCAGAGCUCGUAUCGAAAGGCUCGUCGUUGUCUGAAGAAGGGAAAGCACUGAUAUCCAAAUCCGACAUGUUCUUCCUCUCCACCAGCACAGAAGACGACAUGGACGUCAACCACCGCGGCGGCCCACCAGGCUUCGUCCGAAUCAUCUCCCCCACUAUCCUUGCCUAUCCCGAGUAUUCUGGGAACAGACUCUACCAAUCCCUCGGCAACCUGAUGCUGGACCCGAAAAUCGGGCUUGUGUUUCCAGACUACGAGACCGGAGAUGUUGUGUAUAUAACAGGCACGACCGAGAUCCUCGCUGGCACAGACGCCUCCGCCCUCCUCCCAGGCAGCAACCUCGCCGUUACAAUCACAAUCUCAGAAUGCCGCUACGUAAAAACCGGUCUACCAUUCCGCGGCACGAAGAAGACACCAAGUCCGUACAACCCACUCGUCCGCACACUAGCGACCGAAGGCAAUGUCCGCGCCGCCCUAUCCAGCACCUCCUCCUCCUCUUCCCGCUCCACGCGCCAAACAGCCCUUCUCACAAAAAAAGAGAUCCUCACACCCACCAUCGCGCGCUUCACUUUCUCCGUCAAUGGCGGCCUCACAUACCGCGCUGGCCAAUGGAUCGCGCUUGAUUUCAGCCAAGAGCUCGAUGUGGGAUAUGAGCAUAUGCGGGAUGAGGAUCCGGCGAGUUUGAACGAUGAUUUUGUUAGGACGUUUACGAUUUCUUCGACUCCUACUGCAGGAGACGCGGGUAAAGAGAAGGAGUUUGAGAUUACCAUCCGAAAAGUGGGGGCUGUGACUAAGUUUCUGUUCCAGCAGAAUGAGCGGGCGGGGCUGGAGGUGGGUGUUUUGGGGGUGGGAGGGGAGUUUAAAGUCGUGAGUGCUAGGGCUGGAGAGGGGAGAAACGUGUUUGUGGCUGGGGGUGUGGGUGUCACACCACUAUUCGGUCAAAUCGGUGGGCUGGAUUUACAAAACGGCGGGUUCAUGUUACUGUGGGCGGUAAGGGGUGAGGAUGUGGGGUUGGUGCUGGAUACAUUCAAGCGGUAUCCUGGGCUUGGGAAGUGUGCGAAGGUGUUUUUGACUGGGCGGGCUGUGGAGGAUGAGCUUGCUAAGAUGAAAGAUGAGAUCAAGGCGCAGGCGGAGGUGGUGGAGAGGAGGAUGAUGAAAAGCGAUGUACAGGAUGUGCAGGCUGAGACGUGGUAUGUGUGUGCUGGAAAGGGGAUGAGGAAGGAGGUGACUGGGUGGCUGGAUGGACAGAAAGUGGUGUUUGAAGACUUUGAUUAUUGA